AUGGUGAAGCUCAGCAAGAUGAACAAGUCGCAGAAGGUGCUCCUCGCGUACGCCGCGCUCUACGCCGUGUACAGCCUCUUCUGGCUCGGCGAGAUGGUCGGCCUUCAAGACGCGGGCUUGAAAUUCUUUGGCAAGCGAGCUGGAAAGAUUCAAGUCUCCGCCGCGACCUGGGGCGGCGUCGGCGGCCUCACGCUCGCCCUCGACCACGUCUUCGCCGCGCUCAAGUGCAGCAAGGACGUCGCGCAGAGGACAGUCCUCGUCACGCUCCUCGGCUGCUUCUUCCGCCUCGGCGCGUUCGCGAGCCAGGGGUCGCAAAAAUGGGGCGGCGCGCUCGUCCACUCUGAAUUCGUCGCCGGCGGCGUCAUCACGAUCGGGAUGAUCCUCGCCGCGAUGGAGUGCCUCCGCGGCGGCCUCACGUCCGGGAAGCACCCGAUCUUCGGCUGCAAGGGUCUGACCCACGGCAACCUGAUUCUUCUGUGGGCGAUGAUGUUCUUUUACGUCGUCUCUUUCAUCUUCACCGAUUUCAUCGGCGACAACUACGUCUGCGGCAAGACGAGCUGCAGGAUUUCGGAGCCGCGCGCGUACGACCAGAUGGCGUGGACGAUCUCCAUGUGGGUCUCCGUCAUGGUCCAGAUCCCGAUGAUGCUCUCCGUCGCCACGAAGGCGGAGCAGCAGAAGUUUGCGCUGCAGAGGCUCCUCUCCAUCGUGUUUUCCAUCUAUGUGAUGCACUCGGAGAAGGACAUCUCCGUUCCGUCCAAGUACCUCGAGAACCUCGUCGCCAUGGGCGUGAUGUUCGUGCUCUGCCUCACCGCCGGGCUCGGCGACAAGAUCAUGAAGCCGAAGAAGGCUAAGCGCGCGGCGGCGGCGAACAACACCGCGGUCGGACGCCGCAAGCGCCAGUAAACGGUUUUGGUUUCCAACCGACGAAAAACAAAUUUAAAAAAAAAAAACACGCGGCGGGGGCGACUGCGCGCCCGCGCGCGUCGCCAGUCACGCGUGACCGCUCACUGCUUGCGACUAUAAUAACACAUAAUAUCGCGCGCGCGCGCCGCUGAGUACCACCAAAAACAGCGGCGCCGCGGCUUCGGGGAAAAACUACCGUUGUAAUAUUUAUAACGAAGAAGUGAAACG